ACAGUAGGCUACGACAGUCGACAGAUACCAUGACAAAAAAUACCUUUCCACAACUUCACAACUUCGGAGUUUAAAUUCAGCAAAGAAAAUUUGGUUGAUUAUUAAAUUUCACUAAUCGUCUUUAUCUACUUAUAUACAGAAAACACAUGAAUUCGUUUACGUUUUCAGAGCGCCGUUUAGAAGAUGAUUAUUAUUGCGUAUUGGGUUGCAAUGAUUCUUCAAGUGCAGAACAAAUCUUGAUUGAGUACAAGCAUAGAAUAUUACUUUGUCAUCCAGAUAAAAGUCAAGAUGAUACAUCGACUGCCCAGUUUCAAAAACUUCAGGAAGCCAAAAAAGUACUGUGUGACCCAGAUAAACGAAAAGAUUAUGACAGAUGGAAAGCAAGUGGUAUUGCAGUUACAUACAAGCAGUGGGUAACAAUGCAAAAAGGAUUUGGUACUCCAGUUUUCCAUUGGGCCACACCCAAGACUGAUGGGAAAAUGCUUGAAUUCAACAGUGGUUGGCUUCCAACAAAUCCUAGAUCAAAUGAAAUAUUUCAACCAAGUGGUACAGCAUACUCCAACAAUUCUAUUCUGAAAAAAUUCAGAAACUAUGAAAUAUGAAUUAACACACGCCUAAAAUUGAUGUUAGCAUUUCUUAUAAAUAUAAAUGUACGUGUUGUCCACGAACACGCAUUGGCCAAUUGGAAAGUUUUUGUUUCUCAUACAAUGUCAAAUACUUGGAAUUCAAUCUAUGAUCUAUGUGACUAUCGUGUAUUCUCUUCAGGUAACGACAUUUAAAAGAUGCUCUUUGCUUCUAAAUAUGGUGUUUAGUCAAACCCAACAAGGAAACACAGGUGAAUUAGGUAGUCAGUUUAAUUGCUUCAACAACUUGGCCAGCUUUUAACACCAAGUAAGUAAAAAUGGGCAGAUGGGCGCAACCGUAAAGAGCUGACACAGUCGAACAGGCAAAUUAAUCACCUACUGAAUACUACUGGAACGGAUCUUUAUUUUUCUAGGGUUUGCCAAUGAUUAAAGUUACAUGAGAAAAGCUUGCACAAUA